UUUCAUCUCAGAGUUCUGUUAAUCAUCGGGCUGAACAGAACAGAUUUAAUCCCACCGAGUCACCAUGUUUAUCGUGUGUAAUAUUUUAUGUUUACGCAAUGGUAGAGGCGAGUCACUGAAUCUGUAGAUAAAGGGAUUGUUGAAGGUUUGGGUUUGGUGAGUUUAGUUGGCUUGAGUUUUAGGAUGGAUUUAAGUUAUGUGGGGAGAUAGUAAAGAGACGUGAGGUCUUUUUGGCCUGCACGUAGUGCAUCUGUGCUUGGUAGACACUCCUGGUGAGGAGGUUGUCUCCUUUGGGGGCUUUCGAAGUAUUCACGGGCUUCUGGGGGCGGUGAGGAAUUGGGGACACUUUUGGGUUGGUUAUUAUUUUGUGGUACGGUGGGAUGAAGUAAAACAGCUGGAGGAUGAUGAUGGGCGAUCAGUUUCGUGGUAAAGUCGAGCAGUACUCGCCAAAGUCAUCGCCGAGGGGUGCACGGUCACCGGUGGUAUCACGACAAGACUCAACGGGAACACUAAAAACCACCAUUUCACUGGGAAAGAAUCCGUCAAUCGUCCACAGUGGACCCUUCUAUUUGAUGAAGGAACCGCCUGGGGAAAGCGAUUUGACUGGAGCUACCAAUUUGAUGGCCUAUUAUGGCCUCGAACACUCGUACAGUAAGUUCAGUGGCAAGAAACUCAAGGAGCAGCUGUCCUCAUUUCUACCGAAUCUACCUGGGAUCAUUGACACUCCUGGAGAUCAGGAUAAUAGUUCAUUGCGUUCUGUAAUUGAGAAACCACCAAUAGUGGGUAAGGAGCUGCUUCCCCUCACAAGUGUUCAAUUAUCAGGCUUCCGUCUUCAUCCUGGACCUUUACCGGAGCAGUAUCGAUACGUUAAUCAAGCGCCUCAGAGGAAACACAAGAACAAACACAAGAAGCACAAACACAAACCUGGGGAAGUGCCUGCUGGCCAAGAGAUAGCAGCCACUGACAUAAGUGGAGCAGAUACCCACGAGAAGAAACACAAGAAGCAGAAGAGACACGACGAGGAGAAGGAGGCGAGGAAGAAGAGAAAGAAGGAGAAGAAACGAAAAAAACAAAAACACAGUCCUGAGCAUCCUGGUGGUUUAACACCCUCUCAGCAUUCCAACUCGUGAUCCAUAAUAAUUUUUGCAUCUAAUCGUGAUCACUGGAAUCAACGUGAAGUUAAUGGACUCACUAUGUUUUAACUGCCUUAUUUUUCCCCCUUGUAAUUUAUUAUUCCACCUGGUUGAUUGACUCAUGGAGAAUGAGAAUUUGUCUAUAUUCAGUGGCCAAUUGGGGUUUUACAUAAAUAUUUUCCAUUCAGAAGAAUUUAGGUAUGGUAGGAAAAUCAAAAAGGUCACACGUAUUUUUUACUAUUUAAAUCAAAAAAUAGCAGUUUAAUUCUGAAGAAAGAAGUUGCCAUGAUAUUUUUUACUUUCCAUCCGUCAAAUCAUCAAAUAAAAGGUUAUCUGCGUGCAGGGAUCGCGAGCUUUUGUGCAAAUUUUUUUUAUUAAAAAAGCACAUUUUUUGGCUGGUCAAUAACACCUGAAACGGGAAUUUUAACAAUGAAUAGCGAAUACUUCUUAUCGAUUUCUACAAAUAAUGUUGUUCAGCCACUCAGAACGAUUGCUUGGUGACGAAUAAUUUAGGAAGACCAAGGGAGGGGGGGGGGGGGACUUGAGUAUAUGAAUGUCCUGAGUUUAUGGGUUUAGACGAAAUAAUAAUGCGGAUUCUGCUCUAUUCCAAAGAUUCUGCACACUCAUGUAAAUAAAUUAAUUAUACAACGGUUGGCAAUGUUAUUUGAAAGUGAAUGUAAGAAAAUUGAAGAAAUCGUCAUAAUGUUAUCGAUUUAAACAAGUAGUAUUUAUAAUGCAGACAUGAAUAAAAAUAGUUUAAUUAUAAAA